AUAAAAAUAAUAAAGAUGGAGAAGAGAUUUUACAAAACCUGUUCAAAACAUGCUUACUAUUAAUAUAUCAAUAGAUUUGAUCCAAAAUUGUUGGCUACCUAUUAGACUGGAUAUUAUCAUGGAAUAGGAAGACAGUAAUAAUGAAUAUUUAAGUAAAAAGGGGAUUAUUUAAAACAUUGGUACUGAGAUAAGCAGGUGAUAGCAUCGGAAUGGAAGAGGAUCACAGUUAUACAUAUAAGAUGCAUGUGAUAGCAAUGAAUUUAAUGUAUAGAAGUGGUUGGGUGCUAUUUGCUUACAUUAUAAUUUGGAAUACAUUUUUAUUAGGAGAUCCUUGUUAAGUACAUACUAGUAUUUAAUAAAUAAUAGGUAUUCAAUACAUCAUAUUGGGACUUGGCUUGCAAACCAUCAGGAGAUAUGGAUUACAAUACAAGAUACGAAAUGUUGUAUGUUUAAGACAGAGUGUUAAGAUUCUGAU